AUGUAUAUAAAGUUAUUGUGGUUCCUAUGUAUUACCAUUUUACCUGGAGUAAUCCUAUGCAUACCAACUAUCUUACCUCAUGCAAUAUCAAGUAGUCUAGGUCAUUUGGCAUCUAACGCGAUCAAUAAACAUGCUAAUACAAUAGCACAUAGUGCAGUACUAAGCCAUACUGCGAAUAUAAUAUCAUCUCAUGCGGCAAAGGCUAUAGUAGUUCAUGCUUCUCAUACUCCAGCCCAACAUAUUCAAAACCCUACUACUAUUCACUCAGACAACAUUAUUCGAUCUCAUUCAACUAAUGUCGCACAUUCAGCUAAUGUAGCUAAUUUUGGGAGUCAUUUAGUUCCAAGUACCCACCAGAAUUAUCUUGCAUCAUCAAGCUCUCAUGGAUCUAUAUCACAUGGCACAGGGGAUUCAACAAAAUUUGCCUUAAUACACCAUAACCUACAAUACAAUGCACAUCAUCCACUAUCAUAUACUUUUGCAGAAUCUACAUCAGGAAAAGAAAUCUCUACAUUAGAUAAAACUUCCUCUACAUCUACAGCUCCAAAUAUAAAAUCUGAUUCUAUAUUGGCAGCAAAUGUUAUAUCUGUAGUGCUGACAGGUAUACAGAUCGCUAUUUCAGUUACAGGAAUUAGUUUCACAAUUUAUCAUACUACCAAAAGUCGCAGAAGCAGGAAGCCAUAUUAUGUUAGGUAA